CCUGGCGUUCCCACACCCCACAGGCCACUCUGCAGGACCCUGGUGGACGCAGGGCAGACAGGAAGCCGCCCGGAGAUAACGCUGCAGCUGGCCGGGCAGCCUGAUUUGCUGGGCUGUCUGAUGGCCCAGGCCGAGGCUUCUCCCUGCGCCUGGGACUGCUGCCGCCUCUCUAAAUAGCAGCCAUGAGGUGCCUCGGGGCAGUGUCCCCGCAGGCCAGCGACGGCCAGGACGCCCCGUUUGCCUAGUGUGUGCUCAGGAGUCUGCAUCCUGCGCCCAGAAUGAGGGGACACCUGGCCCUGGUGGGCGUUCUGAUCAGCCUGGCCUUCCUGUCGCUGCCACCGCCUGGACAUCCUCAGCCGGCCUCUGAAGACGCCUGCUCUGUGCACAUCCUCCUCCCUGGCCUCAAAGGAGAUGCGGGAGAGAAGGGAGACAAAGGCGCCCCAGGACGGCCUGGAAGAGUCGGCCCCACUGGAGAAAAAGGAGACAUGGGGGACAAAGGACAGAAAGGCAAUGUGGGUCGCCAUGGAAAAAUCGGUCCCAUUGGCUCUAAAGGUGAGAAAGGAGAUUCUGGUGACAUAGGACCCCCUGGUCCUGAUGGGGAACCAGGCCUCCCGUGUGAGUGCGGCCAGCUGCGCAAGGCCAUUGGGGAGAUGGACGACCAGGUCUCCCAGCUGACCAGUGAGCUCAAGUUCAUCAAGAAUGCUGUCGCAGGUGUACGGGAGACAGAGAGCAAGAUCUACCUGCUGGUGAAGGAGGAGAAGCGCUACGCGGACGCCCAGCUGUCCUGCCAGGGCCGCGGAGGCACACUGGGCAUGCCCAAGGACGAGGCUGCCAACGGCCUGAUGGCCGCAUACCUGGCGCAGGCCGGCCUGGCCCGCGUCUUCAUCGGCAUCAACGACCUGGAGCGGGAGGGCGCCUUCGUGUACUCCGACCGCUCCCCCAUGCAGACCUUCAACAAGUGGCGCAGCGGCGAGCCCAACAACGCCUACGACGAGGAGGACUGUGUGGAGAUGGUGGCCUCGGGCGGCUGGAACGACGUGGCCUGCCACACCACCAUGUACUUCAUGUGCGAGUUUGACAAGGACAACAUGUGAGCCUCGGGCGGCUGCCCGCUGGGAGCCCCCGUGUCCCCGCAGGGUUGGCAGGGCCAGCGCCCAGGUCUCGGUGCCAGCCGGGGAGCUGUCCCUCUGCGCAAAGGGCAGCCACUUCAGGGCGGAGGCUCAUGGAAUGGAGGGAAUGGCGCGGGCUUCCGAGGAAAAGGAAAGUGCUCCGGGGUACUGUCUCUGGAGAGGCCGUUUCACUACCCAUAUUGUAGCCCAAAUGUCACUGUGUCAUUAUUACCUAGAAUUGCUCCUCCCUAAAGCUCUCGCCUUUGUCCAAGCUAUCCAAUAAAAUCUUUAAGUAGUGCAGUAGUUAAGUACAAA